CUUUGGCGGGCCGUGGACUGUUUUCUGGCGUCACUGGACUGGGACCCGGCAAUCGGCAAUAUUCAUUUUUCUAGUGCUGGUUUUACAGGUUCCUAUUUCUAACCCCAAGUACUUCAGGCAAUAAUUUUAUCACUUACUGUGGUUCAGCGAGUAUUUUGUUUUUUGUGUGAACGUGCCUAAGACAAACAUUCAACAUGGCCACUAUGCCGAUAAAUCCCAAACCGUACCUGAACAGCUUAACGGGUAAACCAGUGAUAGUGAAGCUGAAGUGGGGUCAGGAGUACAAGGGGUUCCUGGUGUCAGUAGACACGUACAUGAACCUCCAGCUAGCGAGCAGUGAAGAGUACGUGGACGGCAAGAUGACCGGACAGUUGGGAGAGAUCCUGAUCCGGUGCAACAACAUCCUCUACAUCCGAGGAGUGGAGGAGGAUGACGAGGAAGGCGAGAUGAGGGAAUAGGAAGUAGCCACCACCGUCUCGUGUAAACUUUUGAUUGUUCUUGGACUGUGGAAUUGUGAUGGAACAUUGAACAAGUUGUCUUUUAUCGAUCAUGUGUGAUUCUGUACAGUGAAUUUUUUAUAAAAUAAAUUUCUAGUGUAAGUUGU